AUGAGCAAAAGGCCCCAGAGCAAAAAGUCCAGAGAAAAGGCCCAGAGUGAACAACAAAACAUGGCGUCUGCCACGUUCUCCACGCUCCCGCCACGCUACAAGGAGUGGCGCCCGCCACUCCCUCCACGCGCCUGCCACACGCUCUUCACACGCCUUCAUUUUCUCCACCCAUCACGGAUUCUCUCCUUCCACCCAGUCUUCACGCCCUUCAUGUUCUCCAUAAAUCUCGGGAUCCUCAUUCAACCUAACGGUCUGAGUGUUACGGAUUUGUUUGAGAUUUUUACGUCAGGAGUUGUGUAUAAAUUAGAGAGCUCAUCUUCAGUUUGGAGCACCAUAAGUUUUUAG